AAUCAUAUAAAGAUAGAGUAAGGCAGCUCUACCCGCCGCAAGUGCCUAUACAAAUGCCAGAAUAGGCCGACAGGAUCCAUACUUCAUGUUACAGAGACAGUUCGGCGGAGCAGAUCAGUGGAAGGAAGGCGUCAGGUUCAUAGACGGGGACAAGUGGGCGUGUAUGGACCCUCCUCUGGCCCCGCCGCCCACCCGCUGCCUCGUCUACUCCUUCGGCAUCAAAAAUGAGUGGUCCUUCGACGACGCCAUGGCCGCCUACGGGUGCCAGGUGUUCUCGUUCGACCCCACCAUGGCUGUUGGGGACCACCAACGCUCCUCCGGCGUCACCUUCUUCAGGCUGGGUGUUGGCGGAGCCCCUGGCAUGACCCGCCUGGGCCAGGUGGACCGUCUGGGAGGGAUCAUGAAGAAGCUGGGACACGUCGGGCGGAAGAUCGACUACCUGAAGAUGGACAUCGAAGGGAUGGAGGUAGAGACGCUGGAGGAGGUGCUGGAACACCAGCCGGAGAUCUUGGCCUCCGUCACCCACCUGGGCCUCGAGAUACAUCCUGGCCGCUACAAGGGUGAGGACGUGCGACGGUCGUCCAGCAAAUACUGGAGGCUGUGGAGGAUGUUCCAGCGCCUGGAGUGUCUGGGGUUCAGUCUUCUCCACUGGAACAUUAACCCGGCCUCCUUCAACCACUACUGGUGGAACGAUUCCCUCCAGGCCACAUGCUACGAGCUCGUCUGGGUCAGGUCACCUGCUCACUAGACGGGUCAGGUCACCUGCUCACUAGACGGGUCAGGUCACCUGCUCGUUGGAAGGAUAAGGUCAACUGGUCACUAGAAAGGAAGUGUUAGGGGGUGUUGCAGGAGAGUUGAGAUGGAAGCAGGAAGGACAUUGAGAGUGAACGUGGUACCUGGUUGAUGAUGGGGUUCUGGGAGUUCUUCUACUCCCCAAGCCCGGCCCGGGGCCAGACUUGAGCCAGACAGACUUGAGUCUAUUUAAUCUACUACCUACUGUAGUAGAUGAAAUAGACUGAUUAACAACAGUUUGUUCUUCUGGAGGAGAUACGAGUGUUCUCCAGUGUUAUAUGUUAUGUUCUUCCUGGUUGUGGUGGAACGCUUCAUACAUAUCUUGAGGUUAUCUUGAGAUGAUUUCGGGGCUUAGCGUCCCCGU